AUGACGGUAGAAGGCCUUAGGAGCCUGGCAGGCUCUGCAGACCACACCUGCCGACCACACCUGCAGACCACACCUGCCGACCACACCUGCCGACCACACCCGCCGACCACACCCGCAGACAAGGCACACCUCCCGCCAACCGCUGGUGGCGAAAUGAAGCUUCGGGCCAACCGCGGAGGCUUUUACCCUAGGAUUAUUCCAAUUUACAGAGAGACAGCUGUUCUCAGCACCAAUCAGUGGCUCACAGAGCUGGAAUUUAGUGACACAAAACUGGAUGCUUCAGGUUUGAAAUCACUCUGUGAAGGCUUAAAAGAUCCAAAUUGCAAAUUACAGAAACUCAAGUUGUUUGCUAGCUUUCUCCCCGAAAGCUCAGAGGCCAUUUGCAAGCAUCUUGCCUCUGUUCUCAUUUGCAAUUCAAACCUCACUGAGCUGGACCUAAGUGAAAAUCUCCUGGGGGACACAGGGGUGAAGUAUCUUUGUGAGCGUCUCAGACAUUCCAACUGUAAAGUGGAGAAACUAGAGCUUUCCGAAUGUUCCCUCUCUGCAGCUUGUUGUGAGCCGCUUGCACAAAUCCUGUGCUCUACCCAUAGCCUGACAAGGUUGCUUCUAAUUAAUAACAAAAUUGAAGACUGGGGACUGAAAUUGCUGUGUGAAGGAUUAAAACAGCCUGACUGUCGGUUAAAGGAUCUGGCAUUGUGGACCUGUCACCUGACUGGAGAGUGUUGUCAGCAUUUGUGCAAUGCACUCUACACCAAUGAACACCUGAGAAACCUUGACCUCAGUGACAAUGCCUUAGGGGAUGAGGGCAUGCAGAUGCUGUGUGAAGGGUUGAAGCAUCCUUCCUGCAAACGACAGACUUUGUGGUUAGCAGAAUGCCAUCUCACAGAUGCGUGCUGUGGAGCCCUCGCCUCUGUCCUCAACAUAAAGGAGAACCUAACAUUGCUAGACUUGAGUGGAAAUGACCUCAAGGAUUUUGGAGUGCAAAUGCUGUGUGAUGCACUGAUUCAUCCAAUAUGUAAACUACAGACAUUCUACAUUGACACGAAUCAUUUACAUGAAGAAACAUUCAGAAAGAUGGAAGCUUUAAAAGUGAGCAAGCCUGAAUUCACCUGGUAGUUUCCAAGGAGAUCCCCAAAACAGAUGCAUAUAGAUUCCCACCAUCUGGCACCAUCUUUAACAGUUGUGCAAUAUUCUUGUUUUAAACCUGUUAGCCUUUGCUGAGGACACUAGUCUGACAUAAGCCACAGUGAUUGCUAUUUCUUACAUAGAACCAUCCACUAAGUAGGAUGUAAAAGGCAGGCACACCUUCGUUGAAAUGUCCACAGCAGUAAUACCUUACAUUUAUAUAUUGUGUUACAAUGUUUACUGUGUUUUUGCAAAAAACCUGGAAGGUCAGAAGAUGAGACUCAGAGAGGUUAUGACUAACUUCAGGUCACACAGCUCAUUAGUGGGAGAGUUGGCACUUGAAUCCAGCCCAAUUUCCUAAUACCCAGACCAGGCAGGGAAAUUAUAGAAAAAAGAUAGGUGAAUGAAUCCACUUAAAAGAGACAAGACACUGUAAAUGAUUAAAGGACAAAAGGGUAUACAAACACAUGUUAUAUCUUACAGUGCUGAUUUUCAGUAAAACUAACUCACAGAAGGAGAGAGAGGAAUGAGUUAAUAGGGAAAAGCUUCGAGGAGGUGAGCCGUGAUAAGGGCCUUGAAUAGGAUUGAGAUGGGGGAGACGUACUGGCUCUUACAGUGACUGUAAGACUGCAGGCAACAGGGCUGUUUUGUGAGCAGCUCACUAAAAGCACCUAGGGAGAGAGAAAUGUUUGCAGUAGAGUUUCUUGAGCUGCCACAGUAUUCAUAUCCCAGGAGGGUGCUCUAGUUCCCAGGAUCAACUCCAUUUUCAAACUUUGAAUACCUCCCCCAAGUGUUCGUUCUUGUUCAUGGACUCCUAUGAGUGACUCACUCCUCAUCUCGGACAGCAUAUUGUGUAGCCUAGCAUAGAUCUUGCACAACCCCAUGCUCCUGUCUCUGCCUAGCUUCCACAAAAACACCAGAUAGGGCAGGUGGAGAGAGGGAAUGCUAGGCAAGGAAAAUAGCAUGAAGUACAUGAAGUAGGAGAGAAUGUGGUGUGGGAUUCACAGAAAAGUAGAUUUACCUGAUUAAGGUGUAGAGAUGUCUCUGAAAGCUGCUUGACUAGCUGUGUGACCCUGAGUAAGUCAUUUGGAUAUUUGGAGCCUCUAUUUUCUCAUUGAUAAAAUGGGGAUAACUUGACAUUAUCCUUGCAAGGCUGUUUCCAACAUGGUGCCUCCCCCACAGUAGUUACCGAUUAAUGGUAGCUAUGAAUGUAUACCUGUAACUCAGCUGUGUAGUUUUUGAGCUCUCAGAUAUUUUGCUGUGCAGUCAGUGUGAACUGUGCAUUUAAAGUAAAUGUGUAUGCUGGAGGCAGUGAUUCUAGUUGGGGGAGUGACACACCAUGGGAAGUUAUUGCAAGUGAGAGUUAUUGCAAGGAAGUUAUUGCAAGCUGCUCCAUGUCUUCAUCAUCUUGUGUUGUUCCUUACCGCCCUGCACAAUGGUAACUUUUAGGCAGGAGACCAGGUCUGGCAUGAGAAGAAUGGUCAGGAUAGCAGUUUUCUCAAGUUCUUACUUCCCUUUAAUUAUUUAACACUUAUUUAUUGAGCAUUUAUUACAUGCCAGGUUUUGUGCUAAGUGUUGGCCUUACAGAGAUGAAUAUGCCUUUUCCUGUGUAUUCCCCUACUGUGUUCUCUGACUGCCCAGGUCCGGUCCCUCUGUCCGUCUGAUAAAUAUCUGAUAAAACUCCAUCACAUUAAGAACUCAAAGACAUAAUGUUAAAUGAAAAAUUGCUGAGCUGUGUGUGUAUCCUGUUUGUGUACAAAAGAUAAACAUGCAUGUGUAUGUAUAAUAUGUGUCCAGAAUAAUAUGUAUGGAAGGAUAUAUACACAGAGUUGCUAACAGAUGCAACUAGGCAAGAGCAAUUGGGCAAGCAGGAGCCAUGGGAGAAGAGGAAAGGAACUUUCAUUUUCAUCUAUAGCCUUCCGUUUUACUUGAUGUC